AUGACCAUGGAGCGCGAAAAAAAGGGACAUAAAGGCCAGGAUGCCUCUACUUAUGGCUUGAACAUUCAGCAGCUUGACAAGAUGGGGAAGUUUGUCAAGUUUGCGGAGAUACCAAUUGAGUUACAGGAUAAAGUUUGGAAACAGUAUGUUCUGCAGGAGGCUAAGGAUGAUGAGGCAAGACAUGUUCAUGUCAUCAUCGUCCUCCAGCCAUUGGCCAAGGCUUCAAUAUGGAGCAAGCUAAAGACCAAGGUCAAGGGCAGCAGCAACACCGUCAACACCCUUCGCAAAUACACGAUCACCGUCCUCUACGCCCCGCACAGCGAUCCCCCUCCAUCUCCAUUCUAUGUCACAUCUCGAACUCGAAGUCUAUCAUUCAUCCACUUCCCACACAAGCCAGCUAUCCCUCUCCCACUGCACGGUCCAGGAAACAACAACGGCUCUUUCAUCACCAAGCUAAUCCCCAUCUCUUUCUUCUCCAACGACACUCUCGUCGUCACCUUCCCCUUCGCUUCAGAGCUGUUCCUCGAAUUCCUCAUCACUUGCCCCGCUAUCAACAAGUAUGUUCGCCCACCGGUUGAGCUCAUGCCUCCAGGCAGAGGGGCUCAGAAUGACAUUCACGCCGCUCCUGCCCUGAAUCAUACUUAUGACUCGAGAGUCCUGAAGGGAGCAGGCGUGAUUCUUACGAAGAGAAACUGGUUGAAAGGUGGGAGGAAGGAGGGUAGAAGUAUCUUGGCUUUUCGAAUGUGUGACAUGGGUGAUGGUAUGGAUGUCAAUGUUCAAGAGGGGCAGGGCUGGAAGGUUGAGCAUCGGUUGAGGGGUGUUACGAUAGGGCGCUGGGAUGAGAUGUGGUUGAGGUUGAUGGAGUGUUUGGAGAUUAAGGGAAAGGAGGUUAGUAUCCUGGAUUUAUUCGAAUGA